GCGGCCGCCACAGGACGUCUGACUCGGCCCAGCCACCGGAUCGGGGCUUCUCGCCUUCAACGGCCGGCCUGUUGCUCCGAGCCCGCGGCGGCGGGGGCGCCGGCGGCGGCGGGCGGCAUGCGCGUGUGAGAUGCGGCCGCGGGCAGCCCGGACGCGAGCAGCUGCCGCCGCGGUAGCAGAGAAGUGGGGCGCGGCCUCCUCAGCGCGGGGCGCGCAGUGCAUGAGGGCGAGCACGCGGGCGCUGGGCAGCCGCCGGCCACGCCGCCUUCAUAAACACUUGUUUAGGACUCGUUCGCCCCGCUGAGGCCCCGGCGCCCCGCCAUGGAGGCCCCGCCCGACCCCGGGCCCCACGCCUCGGCCUCGGCUUCGGCCGCGGCGCCGCUGCGCGCCCCAGAGGUGGCGCGGCUCCGCGAGGAGCAGGAAAAGGUGGUCACUAACUGCCAAGAGAAAAUCCAGCAUUGGAAGAAAGUAGAUAAUGACUAUAAUGCCCUUGAAGAAAGACUCAGUACCUUGCCUGAUAAGUUGUCUUAUAAUAUCAUGGUACCAUUUGGCCCCUUUGCCUUCAUGCCAGGAAAACUUGUCCAUACUAAUGAAGUCACUGUUUUACUUGGGGACAAUUGGUUUGCAAAAUGUUCAGCAAAGCAGGCUGUGGGCUUAGUUGAGCACCGGAAAGAACAUGUAAGAAAAACAAUAGAUGAUUUAAAAAAAGUGAUGAAAAAUUUUGAAUCCAGAGUUGAAUUCACAGAAGAUUUGCAGAAAAUGAGUGAUGCUGCAGGUGAUAUUGUUGACAUAAGAGAAGAAAUUAAAACUGACUUUGAAUUUAAAGCAAAACACCGAAUUGCUCAUAAACCUCACUCCAAACCAAAAACUUCAGAUAUUUUUGAAGCAGAAUUCUCAAAUGAUCUAAAAUCCAAGGAUCUGCUUGCUGAUAAGGAACUGUGGGAUCGACUUGAAGAACUAGAGAGACAAGAAGAAUUGCUGGGUGAAAUUGAUAUUGAUAGUAAGCCUGAUACUGUGAUUGCAAAUGGAGAAGAUACGUCCUCUGAAGAGGAAAAGGAAGAUCAGAACAUAAAUGUGAAUAUGAUGAAUCAAGUAACGGACUCUCUCACUCCCAGCAAUUGUUAUCAGAAUGUUACAAAUUCAGAACUGUUCAAUGGUCAAGUGAAUAGUCAGUGGAACUGUUCAAUGAAUGGUUCAAAUUCUUAUCACAAUAAUGAAGAUGAAGAAGAUGAUGAUGAUGAUGAUGGUGGUGAUAAUGAAAAUGACCAUGAUACCUUAGGGGCUGAAGAUAAUUCUAUACCAACAAUAUAUUUUUCUCAUACUGUCGAACCUAAGAGGGUACGAAUAAAUACUGGAAAAAAUACCACUUUAAAAUUCAGUGAAAAGAAAGAAGAAGCCAAACGUAAGCGAAAGAACAGCUCUGGCAGUGGUCAUUCUCCCCAAGAUCUGCCUAUGAUCAGGACUCCUGCUGACAUUUACAGAGUCUUCGUUGAUAUCGUGAAUGGAGAAUAUGUCCCUCGUAAGUCCAUCCUGAAGUCUCGCAGUAGAGAGAACAGUGUUUGCAGUGAUACCAGUGAAAGCAGUGCUGCUGACUUCGAUGAUAGACGGGGAGUCUUGAGGAGCAUUAGCUGUGAAGAGGCCACUUGUAGUGAUGCUAAUGAGAGCAUUUUGGACGAGGAACAACAAGAAAAUCAUCAAAAGAAACUUUUGCCUUUAUCAGUAACACCUGAGGCUUUUUCUGGAACUGUAAUAGAAAAAGAAUUUUUGUCACCUUCCUUAACACCACACCCAGCCAUGGCUCAUCCUGUGCUACCCACCAUUCCAGAACGAAAAGAAGUUCUGUCAGAAGUAUCAGAAGGAACUACAAAGAGGGUUUCAAAGUUCAAAGCUGCCAGAUUGCAGCAGAAAAACUAGGGCCUGCCUAGGAAAUGGGAGUUUACAUCCUAAAACCUAGUUUUGCAAUUGUUUAGAAUAUAUAUAGCAAAAUAUGUUACAUGUAAUUUGAAAUAAGGCAUCCUGAGUUAAUUUAACAGCAAGUUCUCUUACUGUUAUCAAUGGUGUUAAAAAGAAAUCAAAGUAAAUAUUUAAAUACUUUAAUAUUCAGCUUGUUUCGUUAAUUCUCUGAAUACUGUCAACACUCUUGUUUAAGUUUGCCUUAUGAAGUAGUGGCAGCAUUUUGAAUUAUUUUUCAAAGAAUACUGUUCAUAUGCAUUGUUUUUGUGUUUUGAACUAAAUACUGGCAGUUUUGUACCAGCUGUGAUAUUGUGCGUACCAUAUGGACCAUUUUAAAGAAACUUUUAAAAUUUCAAAUAGUUUCAACAAUUAUAUUACUUGCUUAAGCAUUUUAAAGGCACUUUAAAAAAAUCUACUUCUUGUAGGUUUUGCAGCUAGGUGGCUAUUGAAAAAAUCUCUCCCCCCUUUGACUGUCAUUCUGUAAUCUCUAAGACAGAAAGCUGCAUGUACCCAAGGGAAAGUUUCUUUGAUUGGAAGAAUGGUAUUUUGUAAAUUUUUUUUUAAGUAAAAAUUUUAUGAAACUUGGUCUCUAAAAUGUUGUGAACUUUAUGAUUCAGAAUCAAAUAUAAAAAUGUA